GUGACGAAGCGCAAGGUAGGCAAGAGCACGCUGGUGCAAUCGGGCUGGCUUCCCUCCCCGUUUGUCAUCAAGGACAAGUACCUGCUUCGCGGCCGCGUGGGGACCGUGCAGUCAUGGGUGUGCGAUGGCGACGACGGAGCGGGUCGCGUCUCCCAGGGAGGGGGGGCCAUUUUGCAGAAGACGCCGAAAGUUAUCUUCGUCCUCUUCGACGAGGGUCUUGAUGACAAAGGAGCCAGGACCCCGCGCAGCAGGGCGAUGCUGGGGCUGCAGACGCCAGGCCUGCACCCGGAACUGAAGAAGCACCUGAAGCGCUCCCGCUGCGGCGAAGAGAAUUUGGCGGACGAGUUUGCCAAGGCGGACAUGAGCAGCGACGGGCGCAAACGCAACGCGCGCAAGAACUUGGAUGCCAAAGUUUGCGCGGUGUGCGGGGAAUGUCAGCGGCGCGAGUUCUUCUCGGAUCGCACGCGGGCCAACGCGGUCGAUCGCGACCGCGAGUGUCAGCGAGGGUGCGCAGAGCUGGGGUCCUUCACCGACUGGGGCGACAGGUCCGGCCGAUGCUCUGUCGACCUCGCGAUUGACUUUGUUUCCGUCAGGGUGGGGGCGCUGCUGGGAGAUCCGCGCGCGGCGCGCGGCUUCUGCAGAGCGCUUCGUCCUGCCACUGUGGAGCUGCAGGCGCUGCGCUUGGAUUUUGACCCGAUGGCAGGUGCUCUGGUCACCGAGCAACCUUUCUCGCCUGAUGCUCGAGUGGACUUAUCUUUGACUGAGUAUGCCGACGACACUGAAAAGCUUUUCAUGGACCUCGACAGCCUGAUCGAAGCAGUGGGCGCGCUAGAGCUCGCGAGCUCGGCCGACAUGCGAAUGGCUCUGGGCGCGCUGCUCCGUUCUUUCCUGGCGCCGCUAGAUGCCGACGCGAUCCAGGAGCCGUUGGAUGCGGGCCGGGGCGACGACGCAGAGUCACGGAGCCGGGCGGAAGAGAAGAAAGAGGCGAAGAGGGCGAAGAAGGUCGAUGGAGGGGGGGAGAUGGUAGAGGCCCAGUUCUUGGUCGAGAGCUCACCCGAGGCUCUUGCAUUCAAGGUGCUGUUCGAGAGGACCUCAGAGGCGCUAGCUUUCAGCACGGGCGCGAGGUACGGGGCGCAGGCGCUGGGGGCCACAGUCGUUGCGCGGGCCGCCGCGCCGAGCUGCGGGGCCUGCUCGCCGCAGCUGGCUUGCCCUGUGCCUUCGGCCUUCUCCUGCCCCGCCUGCGUCUGCGCGGGCGCGGGCGGGCACGUGGUCGAGCCCUCGUGCCUGGGCCUCGUCACGGCCUACGCGGUGGCCGCGCUGACCGUCGGCCUCGCCGUCGGGGCCGUGGGAGGCGCCUGGGCGGCGCGGCGGCUUCUCGGGCAUUUGGCCCACCAGCCGCCCGCCGUGGUGGAGAUCGUUGACGGCAUCGACAUCGCCGCUCUCGCGGCUCAGCAGCACCUCGUGCUCGGCGUCAACGGGGGCCUCGCCUACAUCCUCACUCCCGGCUUCGACGACUACGACGAGCCCAUCGUCGUCGGCCCCGACGUGCGGGCGGUCCUGCAGCUCGCGGGCCAGGGCGACACGCCGCCAGCCCUGGCGGGCGUCGCGGUGCACCGCUUCCGCCGCCUUCCGACGGCCGCGGAGCUGUGGGCGGCUGUCGCUCGCUCGGCGGCCGCAGGUUACCCGAGACCUGCCGACCCUCUGCCGCUGGCGCUCGCGGCGGGCAACGUGGCGGGCGCCCCGGCGGCGCCGCCUGCGGGGGCCGCGGCCCCGCUGGCGAUGCCCCCCGCGGCCGCGGCCGCUGCGGCGGCCCCUCUCGGCGUCGCCCCUGUUGUCGCUGCGCUGGCCGCCGCGCUGGGGGCCGCCCCGCCUGGGCCCGUGGGGGCCUUGCCGCUGGUGCCAGCACCUGCAGUGGAGGCUGCGCCUCCCGCCGCCGCCCCUGCGGCGCCCGCCCCCGUCGGAGAUUGCAGGGUCCUCCCGAUGCAGCUCAACCCGAUGCAGCUCAACCCGAGGUUCGGUGAGACCGUCAACGCCCUCUCGGAGACGCCUGUGCAGGGCUGGCCUGCGCAAGGGCCGCGGGCGAUCCUCUGGUGCUCGUCCUUCAUGUCGACGAUGGCGGGUACGCCCACAGCGUGGCGCCAGAGGUGGCCCACCUCGAUGGCGUUGCCCGACGAGGACGAGUACGCGAAGCCCCGCGAGACCCUCUGCCGCGUCCUGGACCUCGCCGUCGUGUGCGACCAGCUGCAGAUCGCCGAGAUGGCCUCGUUCGAGAUCGUCGCCCGCCAGCUCCAGCUCCUGGAGGAGCGGGCGUGCGAGACGCGAUCGGCGCCUCAGAGCGGCGCAGCCCCCAAGGCCAAGGCCGCGGCCAGAGGCGGCGCCUCAGCUGGGACCCCCAGCUCGCCUGAGACCAGCUACUUCCUCGGCGCAGGCGUCUCAAAGGCCAACCUCUGCAUCUCACCAAAGUUGCUGGAGUACAUCGCAGACCAGAUGAUGGCGGAGGCCGCCAUCAGCAAGGAGCGCCGCAAGGCUCGCGAGGAGCUGGCCUUGCGGGCGCCAUGGCGCCUGAGAACUUCAGGCCUGGCUGUGGGGCGCGCCACAGUGGCGCCAGCCAGAUGCGAGGCAGCCCUCGCAGAGUUGCUCGCAUCGGCGCCUGGGUACUCUGGAGAGUCUCGGGUAAGACCCUACAACAAGGAGCUCGUCUCCUGGCCGAAGCAGAUGGCGCCCGUCCCGACGGCCGACCUCGUGUCUGCUGGCAUGCUUGAGUGGGAGGUCGCCGAUCGUCAGGCUACCUUUUCUAUUGGCUUUUUCUUCGUCGAGAAGUCCAACGGCGUCAACCUGCGGCUCGUCUUCGACACGCGGCCGUUCGUCUCCGUCAUGCCGAUGGGCUGGUCAUGGGCCCUCCACUUCUGCCAGUCCGCCCUGACCGCGGCGAUCCUCGACUCGGGAAUCGACGAGAGCUCCAUGCUGGUGGGCGGCGCUGCCAUCCCUCCGUUGCGGAAGGACUCCGACGUCAUCGGCGCGGGCUACGUAGACAACUUUGCCACCGUGUCCCUUGACCCCGAGGUGGCCACGACGGCCUGCCAGGCCAUGCGUGACGUGCUCGUGUCGAGGGGUCUGCCCGUCGACGAGUUCGCCCCCGCCGCCAAGAGCGUGGUCUUCACUGGCUUGGACAUCCUCGGCGACGUCGGCAUCGUCCGCUGUAAGAUCGACAGGCUCUGCCGGUUGCGUCAAGCCUUGCUCGGUCUACUUAGACGUGGCUUUGCAUCGCCCUUGGCCUUGUCAGCAGUAGUGGGUCACUGUACGUGGGGUAUGAUCACCAAUAGACCCAUGCUGUCGAUCUUCCACUCAGUCUACCGCUUCAUGGGCCUGGACUCCCGAGUGGCCGCGCCGCUGUGGCCGUCGGUCAUCGCCGAGCUGCGCGCGGCGGCCGCCCUCAUACCGCUAUGGUGGGCCGACGUCAGAGCAGAGUGGUCGGCGACUACCUUCUGCAGCGACGCCUCCCCCUGCGGCGUCGGGGUCUGCCGCAAGGCCGUCGACCAGGAGGUUGCCGCGGCCGCUGGGCGCUUGUCCGAGAGAUGGCGCUACCGGUUCUCCGACGCCGUGCACGCCCGUGCCCGCGCGCUCGGGAUCGAGCAGCGGACCACGACGCUGGCGGAGCAGAGGACCAGGGCCCAUCCUGGGCCCGUGCUGCUCGCCCGAGUGGCCCUGUCGGAGCUGGAGACGGCCGCCGCGUCGGACACGACCAUGGCCAACUACUGGGAUGCCGCCAAGAAGUUCGAGGAGCGGUGCCGCUGGGCGUCCCAGACGUUCGCCACGACGGAGGAGGUCGGUGUCAUCCUAGUUACCUACUUCGUGAACCUCUUUCUGGACGGCUUCGACAGUGCCACGGGCCGGGUACUCAUGCCCGCUCUGAAGCACUACCUGCCCGCGAUCCUUGCUGGCAGGCUGAUGUUCGACACCUACCUGAGGCCAAGCGAGGCCCACCGCCUCACGGCGGGGAGCGUGAUACGACCUCGACCCGUGCACGACGAGGGCCCGACCGACGGCCUUUGGACCUUCGCCCCCGACGCGGUGCGGAGCAUGUUCCGUCGAGCAGCAGCCGCCCUCGGUCUGGAGAUCGAGUUGAUUCUCUACUCGCUUCGUCAUGGGGGUGCGUCCGACGACCUGCUGUCGCUCAGGCGCACGACGAACGAGGUCAAGGACCGCGGCCGCUGGAGGACGGACCAGAUCCCUCUCCGCUUCGCCAAGCGGGCCCGCAUGCAGCAGCGGAUCGCCAGCCUAGGCCAGAUCAUCGUCGAGUUCAACGAGCAGGUGGACUGGCAGAUGAACGACCUCAUCCUCCAGACCACGGCCUCGGGCGUCUUCCCACGGCUGGCGCCGCUGGCAGCGGGCUUCUACGAGAAGCAGAUGGGCUUCGGCGUCGUGCACCUCGACACGAGUCGCCACGCAGGUGACGACAUCACCGAUCCCGCAGUGAUGCGGCGCGUUUUAGGCUGGAUUCGUUCUAACUGCAUCUCGUGCGUGUGGGUGGAACCCGACACCGCCACCUGCUUUCGCCAUUCGCCUGCUGCGCGUUCCAAGCUGCAUCCUCGCGGCCUCCCGACCUUGACCAACUUUAAAGCUCGAUCUGUUUGCAUCGCCAACCUUUUCCAGGAUCAGUACCUGCACGUCCUGCCUGAAUGCUGUGGUAAGAAA